UCAAGAGUGGUUAGAAUGCACCCAGUUUCCCGUGUAAACGGUAUCAACUUCAAAAUUAUAUAACUAAUAAUCAAUAAAGUAUAUUUGUUUGUGUUUAACGGAUUCUGUGUGGAUACUCUGAAAGGUAGAUUCCCCCCACUUUGUGAUUUAGCUAACUGGGAGUGAUGUCUGAAAAUACUGCGGACGAACUACCAAAACCCCAGGAGACUUGUCAGACAAAAGAGAAACAGUCAGACCAGCGGGAUAUUCGCGAGCAAGCGGACCAAGCACUCCAGGGGUUGGCGCUGGCUCCACACCACGCGCUUUAUACGGCGCAGAAGACCGGCAGGUUGAAAUGCUCCACGUGCGGCGGCUCGAGGAUGUUUUACUGUUACACGUGCUGUUCUUUAGUAGGCCUGAAUCCGCAGCAAAUUCCCGUGGUACAGUUGCCUGUGAAAAUUGACAUCAUCAAGCACCCAAAUGAGACUGAUGGAAAGAGCACAGCCGUGCAUGCCAAGCUCAUUGCGCCGGAUGAUGUGUCCAUAUACACCUACCCCUGCAUCCCAGAGCUGGAUGGUGACACCCAAAACGUCGUCCUGGUGUUCCCAGGCCCCGAUGCAAUGAUGGUGGAGGAGCUGCCAGCUUUUUUCUGUAACAGUAAAGGGAAAAGACGAACAGACAGCCUUACGGAGGAGAGGAGGACCAAGAGACUCAAGAUGGAUGAAUCUGGAGAGAGCUCAGGUGCCCAAACCAGUGCCCCUGACUCACAGAAGUACAGCAGUCUGGUUCAAAGAGUCAUUUUCAUUGACAGCACCUGGAAUCAGACCACCAGGAUCAUCACAGAUGAACGCUUGCAGGCCUUACCACAGGUGGAACUGAAGUCUAGAAAAACAUGUUUCUGGCGCCACCAGAGAGGCUCUCCAGACACAUAUCUGGCCACCAUCGAAGCCAUAUAUUACUUCCUGAAGGACUUCCAUACUCACUGCCUACUGAGAGAGUAUAAGGGAGAGUAUGACAAUCUGCUCUUCUUCUACUCUUUCCUGCACAAGCUUAUCAACAAAGCCAAGCAGGCUGCUGGGAAAUCUUGACAUGGAGGUCAAGGGUCAAAGAGGAUUAACAAAUGAACAGUAUGUGCUGAGGCAGUGCUGCUAGUACACACAUGCCGGAUUCCCUCUCGCCCAUCCCCAGGCCAGCCGCUUGCUCCAGGAACUGACCAUACACUGGAGAAGUCCAGCAGGAUGGUGCUCUGGAUGCAACAAUGCAAGCCGGUGCUGCAGCAGUUGUCGGACUGAACUGAUCUCAGAACAGUGCACUCUGCAGCAC